AUGACCAAAGCAAUUAAUUAUGGCAAAAUAAUGGCAGAUUUUCUUACUGAUUUAUAUAAUACAUUUGGUUUAAAUUGUUGUACAUCAUCUAUUGAUGAUAUUGAUACGUCUCCCUUUCAAAAAUUUAUUUCAAUUUAUAAAGCUGUAUGUACACAAAAAGAAGAAAUUCUUGCAUUACAUGAUUAUUUAAAAGAUAAGAUUUUACCAGGAUUAAGUAUUCAAAUUGAAAAACAAGAUAUAAAAUUGAAUUUUCUAUAUUUUGAAGCUGGUAUGAAUAAAACGAUAAUUAAAUUUUGGGGUUUAGAAAUGUUAAAACAUGAACGUGAGCAAGCAUUAGUAGUUGAAGAAAGUAAACAAGAAGAAAAAGAACAAUCAAAAUUCGAAAAACAAUUAGAUAAAGAAGAACAGAAAAAAGCAAGUGAAGAAAAAGAAGGUAAGAAAUGUGAAGUCCUUGUAUUUGGUGGUGCUGGUUUCAUAGGUAGUCAUUGUGUUAUUGAACAUUUUAAUGCUGGUUAUGAAUCGCUUGUAUUGAAUAAUGAAUAUAAUUCAUCAACAGGUUAG